AUGUCGAAUUUCCCCGGUCCACGAAACUUUAGUCUACGAAACGUCAACUCAAGCAAACCUCAAGUCUACCGAACAGAUUCAGCACAGUCUGUCGCUGCAUCAGACGAUUAUUAUUCUUUCUCAGAUCGAGUCACUGCAAGCCCAGAUAGUCAAGUAACUGCAAUGCACUACGCCACUCCGAAUUCUCGUCCAUCUUCCCGAGCGUCAGAGGCCGAGCACGCUACCAUGAAUGAGCACUACCAGGCGCAAUUUGCUCAAAACCAGGACUCACCUCGUCCGCCAACAGAGAGCACCGUUCGUUUUGGAGAAGACAGAAUCGCUCGCAUUAGCCCCAGAUCUGACGAGACUGUCCGUCGUGUACCAAGGAGUGACGAAUAUGCCGGCCCAGCACCAACACCCGGGUUAGAUGACACACCGUAUGUCCAAUUCGCACUCAACCAGCUUACCCGUGACGAGGAGGUGAAUGGCGUAGGCCGACAAGACUCUGUCUCUACGAACAGAGACGAGUACCCUGCUGAUCGUCUCGUCUGGGAUGAGAGCCUUGGCUAUUUCACUCGCACUCGAACCCCGAUCAGAUACACCGAAACACCUCAACGGCCCAAGUAUAAGUCGCCAUCACCCCAGGCUCUGCCACAAAGACCGGACUCAAUUGACCCUGAGUCAUUUGUGGCUGUUGAUCCCCCGGAGAAGAGUCUCAUGUACCCUGCUCUUGAUUACCUGCCCGUGGUACUUCGAUCAUGGGCUUUGCUUUUGGCUAUCUUAUCCUGUUGUCUCAUGAUUGCCGGGCUAGCGUUCUGCAAUGUGUGGUCCCACCGACACAAGGGGAUUUGGGAUUAUGAUGGCAAGGGCGGGAGCCGGUAUUUUGUUAUGCAGUUUCUUCCUCAGAUUCUGGCUGCGCUUAUUAUCCUUUGGUCUUUUGUGAUCCAGGCUGCAGUUUAUCGCAUAGCGCCCUUUGCUAUCAUGGCUGCAGGCCGGAAGAAGGGAAAUGUGCUCCAGGGUUUGCCCAUUCUGCCCCGCAACUUCGUCCUUCCGGAUUUUUCGCACUUUCGAUAUGGCGAGCCUCUUUUUGGUUUUGCGUUGUUUGCCAUCUGGUUGUCGAACUUCUUUUCCAUCCCUCUUAUCAGCUGUCUUUUCCAAGCAAAGUACUACAAUAUCGAUGGUCAAGGUAUAUGGAGAUGGACUUCUGUUCAAAGUGUGGGCUGGACUCUGAUUGCAUCCUACGGCCUUCUGACUAUCGGUCUGUUGCUGAUCUUGCUAAGAUUUGUGCGUGGUUGGACUGGUUUGAUGUGGGACCCAGUUUGCCUUGCGGAUCUUGUCUCGAUCAUUCAACGAUCCAAUAUUCUCCAUGACUAUGAGCACUCAGAGACCGUUCCAAGUGUUCGGGAAACUCUCGACUCUCGAGUCCUCCGCCUGGGCUACUGGAAGCUGUCCAUGAAGCCCGAGAUAUUCUACGGUGUUGGAGAAGUGGACGCACCGAUUCGCACUCCCUCGCUACAUCAGACAGAGAAAAGCCGAGAUAGGCAACCUCAAGGAAUGACCAAGGUUCGCUUCGACCUCGAGAACAAUGGCAACUCAGGUGACCACCACCUAUACUCACCUGCUGCCCGAUACCGCUGGACACCAUGGUUUCUUCGCCAAGGCUCCGUGAUUACCUGGAUCACCAUCGUCUUCGCCCUAUUCAUCGCUUUCGUCGCCGUCAGCUUCGUCAACAACGCAAUUAAAGGCGGCUUCCCUCCCAAACUCCCGACCCUCCCAUCAAUCAGUGCAUUCUCCUCCUCAAACUUCCUAUACAGCUUUAUCCCUGGCCUCAUCGGCAACUUCCUCUUCCUCGCCUUACAGCCAAUCGACCUAUACUUCCGCGCCCUCCAACCAUUCGUCGACCUCUCCGCCCCAAACGGUGCCUCAGCAGACAAAAGCAUCCUCCUCGCCUACCCCUCCGCCCUCCCCAUCCAAGUUACAAUGCAAGCCAUCAUCAACGGCCACUGGAGAGUCGCCUGGUUAUCCUUCAUCAGCCUGGUUUCCAUCGCCAUCCCAAUACUCGCAGGUGGUAUCUUCAUUGCACUCUGGUAUCCCUCUGACAAUGACGUUCGUAUCUCAGCCGUGAUGCCGGCUUACUACACCCUCAUCGCAUUCUGUGCCCUAUACGCUGUAUCCUUUGUGGUGGUGUGGCCUGGUCGUCGUCGCUAUCUCCCACAUGAUAUUUCCACCCUAUCUGAUCUGAUGAGCUUUCUCUAUCAAUCACCCCUUCUGGCGGAUAAGUUGCUUCGCGAGCCGCGAAGCAAGACUGAUCUCGUUACCCGACUUAUUGUUGCUCCUCCGUCUGAACGUCUACGACCGAUGUAUGGAUUUGGUAUCUAUGUUGGUCGAGAUGGAAAGGAGCAUCUUGGUAUUGAUCGAUUUACGAGACCUGGCCGAACUGAUAUGUUAAUUACGACUGGGUCAAUGAAAUGA